UGAGGUACUGAAAGUUCUUAAUUGCUUCCUCUGCAUCAGGGAUGUGGUAGACAAGUACGGAUCUGAUGGGAGUUAUGUCCGGGACGAGCUGCUCUCUUAUGUGACUGCUCCCCCAUGGUUUUCUGUCGUGUGGGGCGAUUUUGAUGUCCCGAGCUGAACAGCCUUUCCCUAGGAGCUCUUGUGGUUGAGAGCUUUCCCUUCAGUUGCCUCACCAGCUGUGCCAGCACCCGUACACAGGGUCCUGCUGUAAGCUGGAGCACAGAAGUCAUUCUUUCCCUGCUUGCACAGCCGCCUGCUCCGGAGCAAUGUGAAUAGAAGUGAGAAAGUAGAACUGAAACUUUUUUUUUUUUUUAAUUUUGCCUUAUUUUUUAGUUAAUCUUCUGUAUUGAUAGCCUCUAGCCAUGGUGUAUACUAAUUUAUGCAAGAACCAUAUAAAAAUCUACCAGAGAAGAAGCUGAAAUCUUAAAUUUAGAGUUCUAGUUAUAUUUUUUGCAUAUUUUUAUGGGACUCUGACACCUGUUGCCUAGUUCUGCUCUUUCAGUAUACUGUAUAAAAUACGAAUACACUAAUAUUAACUGUACAGUGAACUUUUGGAACUGGUAAGCCUUCUUCGGUUUUGUUUCUCUUUUUUUCCAGAUUCCUAGGUAGUUAGAUUUCUUUUAAUAUUGGGAGCCUGCACUGUCUUAUCUACUUCCAUAGGAUAGCUACUCUGGUCAUAAAAUUAAGUGUUGCUGGAAGUAGCUUUAUAAUGCCUUCCUUCCUCGUGUUAUAACUUACUGCUAGUCUAACCUCAUCACAAAUUAAUUUAGAGAGCUAAACCAGAAGAAAAUGUACCAGUCAGGUUUUUUUUUUUUGUUUUUUUUUUUUAAAGUCACCAAUGUGCCUUCUUGAACAGGUCCUGUUUGAUGAGGAAGGUGUGAUUGCACAAAGUGGCAGAAUUACAUGACAGGGCAUGUGACCAUCACUGCCCUUCUUGAUGGUGUUUUUCAGCUUUCACUUCAGUGUUAGAGUUGAUCAAAUCUGUGUCCUCACUUGAGCUGAAGGGAUGAUGUGGAGUUGUAACAAUGAGAAAUUUAUUUGAAGAAAUGCUGUGAGUAUUUUUGUAUUUAUCUAUUUAUUUUUCUGGGGCAGGUGAAAACAAUGGAGGAUGACUUUGGGGCUUCCUCCGCAUCCCCAUUUCUGACUGAAAGCUUGGAGCUGGCGAUGGACGUGGAGAAUGAGAACUCGGGGCUAUCUUGCUUUUCUUGUGCUUUUGACAGCCAAAAUGGAGGAAGAAGGUUCUCUGCAGAGUCUUAUUUAGCAAGUGGGUCUCUUAAGAGGAUUUUGCUGAAACUAGAUCCUUCUCCAAAUGACUACGAAGAAAAUACAGUGGAAUUGUUUGGCUUUCAGUGGGUUACUGAAAUGGCACUAGUUGAAUCCUGUGGAUUUCUCUUUGGAUUACUUAGGCAACAGAUACACAGACUGGAAAACCUAGUACAAAUGAGUUCAUCCGAUUUUGGUCAAGCUGCACACUUGCACUCUGAAGCAGAGAGCAUCAGGCAUCAAUGUCUUAAGUUUUUACAUUAUGUGAAAGUUUUCAUCUUCAGGUAUCUGCAACCCCCUAAGGUGGAAAAUGAUGGAAUGCUGCAUCCUUAUGAAGAGCUAGAAGCUCAGUUACCUUCAGUGUUGGUGGAAGAGCUUCAUGCUUUGACUGUGCACAUUGGUCACCUUUGUGAACUUCCCAGUAAUAUUCUGGCAGCAUUUACUAUUCAAAAUCAGGCAAAGGUCUUUCCUCCAUCAUGGCACUUACUACAUCUCCAUUUGGAUAUUAACUGGCUAGUAUUAGAAGUUCUUCAUGUACUUGGUGAAAAACUGAAGAGACAAGUUGUAUAUGCUAACCAUUUCAUUAAUCUAACUGGAGAGAAUCUAACCAGUACCAGUUUAUUUGAAAAACACUGUGGAAAUCUCAUCUCUGGUUUAAUAAGCUUGGCCAUCAACAAGUAUACAAAGGUGCGACCUUCUGAGGCUCUUACCAGUAGCCAUUAUCCCUGUACCUGCAUUAAAGAGCUAUGGGUUCUACUUAUUCAGUUGCUGGACCACAGAAGUAAAGGGUCUAAUACAGAGUCUUUCUGGAGCUUGGUGAAUACAACCCUAAGGAAUAUCUUUGAACAGCCAAGUACUUCUGAAAGUGUGUCUGGGUUUGAAACAAUUCAAUGUAAAGACCCAUUGAGUUUUAGCUGGUGGGUUAUGAGUCAUCUGGCACCACUCUACCAAUUUGAUCGUAAUGGAAAUUUAGAUGAAAAGAAACAGAAGGAACACAAUUGGAAAUUUGUGGAGGAACUCCUUAAGAAAUCCACUGAUACUCAAACUCGUGUGUUAGAGGAACACUUACGAAUGCAUCUUCAGUGCUGUUUGACUUUGUGUAGUUUCUGGGAUUUGAGCCUAUCUAUUAUCACAAUACUCUGGGAUUAUUACAGCAAGAAUCUGAAUAGCUGCUUUAUUGUUCCUUGGCUUGGUCUGAAGGAUCUGGCAAAUGUUAGUAAGACUUCUUUGUCGAUGCUUGAGUCGGUGAAACGCUGCUGCUGCGAACAGCAGAUCCCUUCUCUGUUCAACUCCAGCAACAGCUACUUCAUUUUCCUCAGCAUUUUGGCACGGAUUGUGAAAGAGGAAAACGAUGGUGUGCAUCCUUGGAAACAACUUAAAGGAAGAAUUUAUUCCAAGUUCCAUCGGAAAAGAAUGCAGGAGCUGACAGAAGUGGGGCUGCAGAACUUCUUUAACCUGUUCCUCACGUUGGCAAUUGUUGCGGACACAGAAGAUAUAGUGAGUCGGGUGUUGGAUCUUUUGGAUUUCCUGACUCCAUCCUCCAUCACCGCAUCUCGGAGAGCUCUCAUCUGGAGAGGUCAUUUUGCUUUCCUUUUAAUUUAUGUUGAGAAGAAUAUGGACAUUAGUGCCCUGGCUGAGAAAAUCUCAAAUGCUUUCCAUGAGAAGGCAAAGGAGUUUUUAGUAACCAAAAAUGACUACACACAGAGACAAAAUCUCUGGACUCUGCUAUCAACCUACAUUGAUGGUGUCCAGGAAGUGUUUGAGACCAGCUGCUAUUUGAGCCUUUCUGAGGAAAAGUUGCUAAAUGAUGGCUUUACUAUGCUGCUGCCUGCAUGUCGAGGAGCGGAGCUGAGCAUGGUUCUGAAUUUUCUUCAGGUUGUUCUAGCCAGACUUCGGAGCGUGCACGAACGUGUAAGCCGGGGACUUCAACUGGGAAACACAGCCCCAGAUGCACAGCUUCCAUUAGUGGCUAAAGAGCACCACCUUGCUGUUGCCAGUGCUCUCUGGAGAAAUUUCUUUCCCUACUUGAAGAGCCAGAGAAUGUCACAGACGCUGCCUUCCCCUCAGCUUGCUGAUACAGCUGCAGGUUUUACUCUCUUAGCUUUGGAUAUACCCAGCAAAGCCCUAUCAGAUCUCCAGCCACAGCCUGUGCUGUCAAUGAUGCGGCUGUUUGGAUGGGAUGACAUGGUGUGGCCUCAGCUGGUGUCAAGAUACCUAAGUCAUCUAAUUCAAAACAGUUCACUGUGUGAAGCUUUUUCUAGCAUGGGCUAUACAUCCUACGAAGCUUUGACAGUACGUUCAUGGUUUCGCUGCGUUUUGCAAAUGUUCCUCGAUCAACCAAGUGGUGCCUUGGCCAAGACAGAUGCUGAGAGAACAGUUGGAAAAGCCUACAUGGAGCAGCUGACUGAAAUGACAAGACUGAUUUUUAAACUCUCAGAAGUAGAAAGCAUUCUUUUAAAGGCUAAUGUUGCACAGUCAGUUUUCAAGCAAGACCCGAAAAAUGCUCUUGUCCAGUUCAUUAAGGCUAUUGGUAGAACUUACAGUGGUCUUCAGACACUUGCAGAGAAAUCUGCUAUGGUAGCAAAGACUCUGGAGUAUUUGGGUGAUGUGUUAAAGUACGUAAAACCCUAUCUGAAGGCAAAAGGACCUCCAGAAGGUCUGCAGCUUACAUAUUGGAUCAUAGGAUGUCUGGUAAAGUUCUGUGCACCAAUACUGGCUACUUCCAAGGCACAGCAACUCUUGUUUCGCAUCGUGGAUUGCUUACUGCUGCCACACUCUGUGCUCCAGCAGGACAAGGAGCUGCCUAUGGCUUUGCUGUCUGCCAUUCAGGAAAGCCUGCCUCUUUAUCUCCAGGGUCUGUCCUUCAUAUGUUGUCAGUCCCAAACACAGGGUGCCUAUUUAAAUCAACUCCUUGGGAGCAUUAUUCGACAUUAUUUUGGACGAUUUCUCCCUUCCUCCCCAACUGUGCCUGGUGCUGGACAGCAUCCUCUGCUCACUGCUUUAGGCAGCUCCAUCACAGCCCCUCAGCUGCUCCGUCUCCGGAAGACCACUUUGCAUGUGAUAAGGGAAAACUACCUGCAGUUCAAAGGGCAUGCUCCACCUCCUCGCUUGGCCUCUGUUCUUGCUUUCAUUCUUGAAGUACUUCAGAGAACCCAGAGUACUGAACUGUGUGACACUGACUUGGUUCUCCCAGCUGUGCUGAAAUGCUUGGUACUGGUUAAUGAACUGCAAGUUAAAAAAAUAUCUACAGACAUUUUACAGUACAUGGUAGAAGGCUGCCAAGCAGGGUCAGGAGGAGAACAUGCCACCCAGCUGACUUCUGUGUUUAGGCAGUUUAUCCAGGACUACACUGCUGUCUAUGAUCACCGGGUUUUCAGCAUACUGGAAACAGUGGCAGUCUUGGAUCAGACUUUAGUUACCAGCCUGAUUCCCACAAUCACACAGUCUCUGAAGGAUUCUGAGCACAAACAAGGCCUUGGAAGAAAUGCUUCACAGAGAGAAGCCUAUAAGAGACUCUUAUCUCACCUUGCAGAGGCUGGACAAAAUGAGAUACAAAAACUGGAAAAUGAGACAGAUCAGUAAUUUGCUGGUGAUUAAUCCUUUCCUCUUGGAUGUUAUUAUAUUGUUGGUACCUAAAACUACAGACUACGACACACUAGAUAAGUUCUUUAUCUUUACAAUGGAAAUACAUGUAUCAAUUUUGUGGUUGUUUCUCCCCCCAAUUUAUGUAUUAAUUUAAAAAAAAAUGUGGUAUUUUAUUAUUGUCAUGCAUUUGAAGAUUGACUCAAUAUCCUGAUGAAUAGCAAUAGAAAGAUUAAAAGUUAAUUUAUUACACAUUCAAAUGUCUGUAUAAAGAGCCUAUAUUGCGACAUACAAGAUUUCAAAGAAUUUCACAACUUAGUUCACACUGAAUGAGACCUGUCCCUCUUAAUUUACUUUUGAAAAUCUUAUUCAGUCUGUUCCUAAGAAAAUCAUACUUUUGUAAUUUCUAAUUUAUUAUUUUAGAAGAAUAGGAAAAACGCGCGCUCUCUAGUACUCAAUUUGUUGAAUGCAGUGCAUUCUCCAGGGGUUGUGCCAGUGUGAUAAAGCUUGUGUUGAGAGCUUUUUUUUUUUAAAUGUUUAUGUUGCACAGAAUGUAUAUAGCUGUCUUUAACUUCCACCUGUAUUAAAACAUUUCAGCAUUUUAUAUUCCAUUGCAAGACCUUUCUGUUUUAUUUUGUGGGUAAUACAAGAAAAGGCAGGUUCAGAUUUCCUGUUCCCUU